GCAGACACACAUCAACUGGCUCACCCAGCACACCUCUGCGUGACCACUACCAGCUCCAAUAACAUGGCCCCCUGCAAUAUGAGGACAUUGGAUCAUCAAGCUACCAAUGGGCUCCGAAAGCUGAGGAAGCCCGCUAUUGAGAAGAUGAGGAGAGAUCGCAUUAACAGCAGCAUCGAGCGGCUGCGUCUCCUACUGGAGAAAGAGUUCCAGAAACAUCAACUGCCCUCCAAACCUGAGAAGGCCGACAUACUGGAGAUGACGGUCACCUUCCUGCAGCAUCAGAUGGUUGAGAAAACUGUGACAGCAACCUCCAGCCAAGCCUACAGAGAUGGCUACUCCACCUGUGUCCAGGACUCUGUGACCUUCCUGUCCAUGCACAAGCAGACAGACACCCAGCUGCAGCUGCUGCAGAACCUCCACGGGGCUCGGAUGGUGCCCGGCGCUCUAUGUCCUUCUGUAUUCCCCGUCUCACAGACAACCAGCAAGCACAGUGCUCCAGACAGCAGCAAAGCCUUGUGGAGACCCUGGUGAUAAAAUUGUCCUAUGGACUGACUUCUACUUGAACAAAAUACACAAUGAAGACUUGUGUAGAUGUUGCACUUUAUCAGAGAACUCCUUCAAAGAUGCCUUGCAGAGCCUUAGAAAAGAG